CCAGACAGGCACACAGACAACACAGAGAGACGGACAGGGAGACUAACAGGAGACACUGGGAGGGAGAAGAAUAUAGACACAAGGGGUAGGGAGGAGAACAGCAGACUCAUAACUCCCUUUCUGGACUUUUUCGGUCUUUAUAUGACGUCACCUGACAUUCACAUAUAAAAUGACACGCCGUCACUGCACGAUCUAAAGGAAAAAUCACUUAGAGACGAUGAAAUCUUACAGAAUCUACCUGUUGGGACAACUGCAACAAUGUACUUCAAAGAUCUUGGCCCACAAUUAGGUUGGACUAUGGUGUUCCUGGCAGAGUGCAUUGGGCCCCUUCUCACCUACCUCCUCUUCUAUUUUCGAGUCCCAUACAUUUACUCACACAGAUAUGUCUUUACCUCCAGUCCCCAUCCUGUUGUCACACUAGCAUGCACCUGUCAUACCUUCCACUAUAUGAAGAGGUUGAUAGAGACUAUCUUUGUGCAUCGUUUCUCCCAUGGGACCAUGCCUCUCAGGACAAUAGUCAGGAAUUGUGCCUAUUACUGGGGGUUCUCAGCUUGGUUGGCAUACUAUAUCAACCACCCUCUUUAUACACCUCCAUCAUAUGGAGAACUACAAGUCAACUAUGCAUUAGUCAUAUUUGUGAUGUGUGAACUGGGCAACUUCUCCAUUAACUUGACUCUUAAUAAUCUCAGAGGAGAAGGAUCCAGGGUCAGAAGGUUUCCUAUGCCAACUAAGAACCCCUUCACAUGGCUGUUUUUCUUUGUAUCCUGUCCAAAUUACACAUAUGAGGUUGGCUCUUGGGUGGGCUUUUCCAUCAUGACCCAGUGUCUGCCAGUGGCAUUGUAUGCAUUAUUGGGAUUCAUUCAAAUGACCAUCUGGGCCAAAGGGAAGCACAGAGCCUACAGCAGGGAGUUCAAGGACUACCCCCCCCUCCGGAUGGCCAUUAUUCCCCUGAUUCUCUAAUAGUGAUCAAAACAUUAAGUAUUGUUGCAUAUAAGGGGUAUAUAUCCCUACAAUUGUUUUUCACUAAGCAAAGAUGUUUGUUGCUGCUGAGUCCAGCACUAUGCAAGUUUUUUAUAUCACUGAAUGAAUUGAAAGGAGUAAGAAUGGGAGCAAUAAUAUUAUGGCAAUAGCAUUUAAUAAUAGCUGGGAACAUUUUCAUUUUCUGUUCAGUAAAAUGGGUUUCAGGAGUAUGAUUUGGCAUUGUGAUAUGAAGUUAAUAACAAUAUUAGAUAAAACUUUAUAGCUGU